AUGCCAACUGAAAGCGACGGCCAAGGCGAGUCGCCUCCAGACCCCGCCCACAGUCGGUCCGACCCAAUCCGACCAAGGAGCAGGAAUCGGCGAGGCAAACAAAAGAACAACACCAAGUUUGGAGCUGCAUCCAAGCCCCCUUCAACUGUGGAACCAGAGCUAAAGGGAUAUUACUAUGAGCUCCCGAACGUGGAUCCAAGAGUACCCCCAUUCCACCAAGUCGUGAAGGCCCACAUUGCUUACUUCGUGUCAAACCGAAAGGAUGCUUCCGAUUUCCUGAUGGUGGGGGAAUCAACUUCAACCGCCAAAGACCCAUUCUCUCUGUCUCCUUUGGUUGCACCAAACCUUCCGGAUUGGGACAACAAACAGGAAGAACAUGAUUACCUAAAGAAAGGACAAAAAGUAUGA